AUGGAUCUAUGGUUAAUCGCAGCUACUGCUGCUACAGGAUAUAUAACCAAGCAUCUGCACAAUGCAUCCACAGGUAAAGAAAACUCUUUAGAGUCUUCCUCCGAAGAUUUGAAUAAUGUGAAGAUGGAAUCUCCGAGAUGCUUAGCUAGUAAACCGGUUAGGCUCAGGAAACCGAAGAGAGAAAAUCUCGGGGAUUGCGUAAAUGAGGAAAAUCGUGAUCUAUAUGAGUGUGGCAAUGCAUAUGGAGUGGAAGUAGAUUCGAGUAAUGAAGAGAAUUCUGGAAAUAACGAUGAGAUUCGCUCGGAUUCUCUUGGUAACAGAGCGUUUCUUAGGAGAAAUCAGCGGUGCAGAAGUCUUAUCAAGCCUUUUUCUACGGGGAACUGUCUGAUGUCUCAGUUGCAUAGAGAGAAAAUGUGCAUGGAGGAAUAUUUGCUUAGCCCGUUUCCAUCGCCGUGUGGUUUAGUUUCGAGGCCCUUGCUUGUUACCGAUGGUACUAAAGUAAUUAGCAAGAACACUGGAGGUUUCACUAGCCAGCGAGUCCUGAAUUGUGGAAGUCCUCAGCUUAGGAAGUUGGAAUCUUCAGUUCUUUAUGUUAAGAGGAAAACUGGAACUGACAAGAGCGCGAGUAGAAGAUCUGAUAAUGGGAUUGGAUCAUAUGAUGCAGCGUUGCUGAUAUGCGUUGGGAUUUCGUUUGGGAUAAUGUCAUCAUUUGUAUCAAACCAAGCUGAAGUAAACAAGGUCAAAGCAGAGUUAAAGCAAAGACAGCAUUUAGUAAAAGAUUUAGAAGAGGAGCUCAAGACUAAAGAUGAUUUACACAACGGUGAAAAACAGUGUGAUGAGAAGACAGCAGAGAAGUCAGAGUCUAGAAGUAAAAUUGAAGCAGAGCUUGAAGCAGAACUUGAAAGGCUGGAGAUCAACAUGAUUUCGUCCAACACUGAGACUAAACUCUCAGACGUCUUCGAGAUGGAGCCGGAUUUUGAAGUAGAAUUUGCGCAGGGAGAGCUGAGAGAUGAUCUGGUUGGAAGGCAGCGUUUUGAUGAAACCGAGUCCAACAAGGAACCGAGUGGAAUUUCCACACCUGAAUCAGGAAACUAUACAGUCUCACCUCGUGAUUUAAGCUUGCGUCUGCACAAAGUUAUCAAUUCACGCAAUGGAGAACGGAUAAAAGAACUUGAGAUCGCCUUACAAGAGAGCCAUAGGAAAGUGGAGCAGCUGGUCAUGGAAGCUGAGGAAAAGAAGAAAUCAGUGUCAAGGUUUUGGGAAAGCCAUGAUGAAGUGAUGAAACACAGACGAGACUCAAACCGUCCAGUGUCUGUAGAGAAGAAGCAUAAUCCUGCAGUUGCAGAGGUCCAACCUCUGGUUAUGAAUAUAGCAGGGGAAGCACUUGAUGCAUUCCAUGAAUCUUACGAGGAACUGAUGGAUAUAAACGAUUAUUCAGAAGAAGACGAUAUACCAUUCAAGAUGCAUGAGAGUGACCAGCAAGAAGAGUUGUCUUUGACAAGCAAAAGCUCACCUUGGAGCCAUAGGGAUGACAUGAAGGAUUCUUCAAGAACUUCAGAGGAUGUGAGUUUCCUGAGGCUGCAAGAUCUGCUUGGUCUGAGCGACAAAGAAGAAGAAGAAGAUGAAGAUGGAGAGUUUGAGAGUGAGAUGGAGAAGCAACUGAUAAAGCAGAUUGUUGAGAAAGCAAAACAAGGGUCUUCUGCUGUGUUUAACGCCCAGAAGAUGCUCUUUCUCAUGGAAGAAAUAGGAACAUAA